AAACUAAUCUAUAUGUAUAUAACUUAAAUGAAAUCAGCUGAUUCAUGCUGAACUUCCAGUGAAAUUAGCGAGUCAUUAGCAUAAGCUAGCAAUUCUCGAAACUCAAUUUGUUUGUGGAUCUUACAAAACUCUGCUGUAAGGCAAUAUACUUGGCAACAAAUGACGUAUGUACCUGCAUGAAAACAACAUUUCGCUUGCCAGGUGUAACUAAAUAGUGAAACCACAACCACAGCGGCAAAACCCCAAUUAUAUGUCAAUACUACAAAAACAAAUCUUUGAAAGUGAUAAGCGUAUGCUUCUUCUUACACAGUGCUUGUCAGCGCUCUGAUUAUUCGCAGUAUAUAAAUACAAACAAAUGAAUAAUAACAUAGACAAUUAAGAAUAGUUUACUACAACAUACCGAAAUAAGAUAAGAAUAACAACAAAAAAAAACAAAGAUAAUAAUAAAAUAUGACAAGUGAUAAAAGCAACUAUUAAGCAAUAAUAUUGCACCAAAGCAGAAAAUAGCGAAACUGCGAUGGAAAAGUAGAGCGAAACACUUAAAAUUUAAAUUCUAUGGCGAGCGGCGAGUUCUACUUUUAACUAAAACGCUUGGCGUUGAUAUGUGAAAACGAAUGAGUUUCGGAGCAGGCAGCGUUUAAAGCCAAUGUCAACAGUGAGGGUAAACAUUAGUUUCUUAACAACAAAGAAUCAGCAGUAAAAAACGCUGAAAGUGAUAAUAGCAGUAGUGAGCGAAAAUAGCAACAACAACCGGCGCAGCAGCAGCAGCAAUAAUAUUUAAUUAACAACCGGCGCAGCGUCGACAACAUCAGCAACAACAAUGGUUAAAGACAGACUGCCUGAGCUGCUACAGCGCUCAGGCAGCGUGCUCUCCACUGUCUCGGCAUCGAAUGGUGCGGCAUUGUUUCAGCGCUCUAGCAACAUCGAACUCAAAUUAGCAGAGAUGAGUGCACCCAUGGACGCAAUACUCAAUCCGUAUUCGGAGAUACGAGUACAAUUGGCACAAAUUUCCGCGAAUUUGGACACAAUGAAUCGUAUGGUGCAAACAAUAAAUAUACGUAAUUUUAAUGAAAAAGAAAUGGACGAACUGCGUACUCAAAAUCUUAAAAUGGGCAAUCAACUAAUGAACAAAUUCAAGGAAUUCAAAUCGAAUAUGCCGCCAGAGAAUGAUUUCACAUUGGAGGCGCGCAUGAAACGAACGCUAUUCUAUGGUCUCUAUCAAAGUUACAUACAAAUAUGGACGAAAAAUGAAGAAUUCCUGCAGCUGUACGAGCGAAAGCUGAAGAAGAAUUUGGAAAUACAUUCAAAAAUAAUGAAUUGCAACUCCACCGAAGAGGAAAUCGAAGAACUGAUAGCAAAUAAGACAACAAAUCUCUUCGUAGGCAAUAUUCUAGAAGAAACCGAAAAUGAACGACGCACGCUACGCGAUUUGAUGGAUCGUUUCAAUGAGCUAAAGAAGCUGGAGAAGUCCAUUGAAGAUGUACAUGCGUUAUUCCUGCGUAUUCAAACACUUGUAAUGGAACAGAGGGAAACGAUAAACCGCGUUGAAUUUGUUGCUCAACAAGCGACACACUUCGUGGAUAAAGGUCAGCAUAAGCUGAAAAAGGCUGAAACGUUGAAGCAGAAGGCUUUAAAGAAGAAAUUUUGGCUUAUCGGCAUUGCGGUGGCUGUGUUAGUUGUUUUAAUAUUAAUUGGUAUUUAUUUAUGAUCAAAAGAAAAAUAUAACUUAGUGAUUGUGAAAAACA